AUGUCGAUGAAUGGCACAUGGGCAGAUGCGAUUGUAGUUCAAGCCGUUUCUGAUGCCCCGAAUUGUAUAAUUGAUAUUACUGAGUCUGCACUCAAUUUCAAUGCAACGACUAUUAUUCACCCAGUUAUUCAUGGAGCAAAGUAUACUAAAAUACAUAUUGGGCACAUCGAUGAACUUCACUAUGUUUCUACAACAAUGUAUUCUGCAAACAAGCCAAAAACAAGGCAAGAUACUAGCACCAAUAAAGUCAAGGUAGAACAAGCACAGAAGUUAGAAAGUCCAAAAGAUCAAAUAAGUUCCAUGAGCACUGAAACAGAAUCUAUGAAGAGAAAAAGAUGCAGUUUUAAUCACGGAAACUACAGCAUGAAUUAG